GUGUAAAAUAUGUAAAACAAAUAUCUACAUGAAAAAUAAGAACAAGUAUAUUUCAGUAAAAAAAAGAAGAAAAGAAUCGGUUAGUUCAAGUUAUGACCAGUUAUCGAUUCGAGAAUCUAACACGCAAUCUUAAGUUCGACGCUAUUCGAGUACGAUAGUCUGUGUAAAAAUCAAAAUAAUGUCAAACGAAUAUCUACAGAAAAAAAUCAACAUGACCGUAACAACUUCAUUUCAGUUAAAAAGAAAGAAAAAAAUGAGUCGAGAAUAAAGGCCGCGAUCCAAAGUUAGACGCUAUUCGAGAAUAAUAUCUGUGUAAAAUCAAAAUAAUGAUUCGAAAAUAAUUAUCAAACAAAAUCUGAAGAAAAUCAAGGUAAAAGAGAGAAAAAAAGUUCUCGAGACGAGAUUCGAACCCGCGAUCGUCUUUUCGACGCCGCUGUUCGAGAAUCAUCUUGUUUCUAAAAUAGUAACAAACGCGGCUCGUAGAUAUUAAUAUUAAACAAAUUGCUAAGAUAAAAAAUUUAACAUGACUAGAACACCUAUAUUUCAGUUAAAAAAAGAAAAAAAGAAAGAAAAAAAAAAGAAUUUUUCAGACAUGCUCGAGUCGAGGAUCGAACCUUGGAACUCUGGAUUAUAGGUCCCUUGGGAUUGCUAAACUGCGACGUGGAAAAAAAAGUAAAGUCGCUGCAUUCUAUAACCGUGAAAUGAUAUUAAUAAUGGUAAUUGAACCUGGUGGAGUGCAAUUUGGUUCGAAAUCAAACGGUUGAUUCAGCGGGAGUGCGAUUUGUAAUCACACGUUUGAUUUCGAACCAAAAUUGCACGACACCACUUAAUUAUAUCCAUUUUGAAAUAUAACACAUUGUACAGCAUAAAAUUUUAUUAAUUCGUACAAAUACAAUAUUUGCUUCUCAAAGGAAUGUGAUUAAGAGUUCAAAAUGGUGCGAUUUAGGCUGAAAUCAACCGGCUAAGAACCAAUCGUUCGUGCUGCCCCCUUUGGGCCAAUAGACUUUAUUUAUUUAUUUAUUUGUUCUUCAUGUUGUCAUUAGUUUAUUCCCAAUAAAGUCGUUAAAAAAAUCAGAUUGCAGGAUUCACUUGUGAUUUCAAAUGGAUAUAAUUAAUAAAUAUAUUGAAAUAAUCAACCCAAUGAACGUUGGCAAGUGCUGGAACUAUGUAGAUGUAAUGUUCGUCGUCACUCGAGAGUAAAUAGUGGGAGACUUGGAGCAAGUCAAGCUGUACAGAAAAACACAGUCCGAUAUAACGCUCGAGUUCACACCCAUCAUCAUGAAUAGCUAAUAGACCAUGAUGCUGAAACUGUCUGAAUACUAGUAAUAGCGCUUCAAACAAUCGAACCGACGAUAAAUUGGAACGUCGACAAUUUCGAGAUCUUUCCGCCGUGUACGCAAGUAUACACGUUAAACCGAACAAUAUCGAGCAAGAUUCAACUUAUGAAAGCUGAUUUUUAGGGUGCAAUCGAAAGGACUAUAUAUUCGAGAAAUUUUCGAUGAAGCACCUUGUAGAAACCAAGCCUCUGUGUUAUUAAUGCCAGCGAUCUUGUUUUAAGUUGGUUUCGACGUYCAAUUUCAAUGGAAAACAAAGAAGAUGUUCUUGAGGUUGAGCCUCCGCCGCCAUAUUGUGAGUUGAAUGAAGGCUAUGAUCACARUGAAAACACUCCUUGUCCAAGCACACUUGAAGAAGCGGCAUCUUAUCAUCAGCACCCACCACAAAAUCAGUCAAUACAACCCGCCUAUACUCCCAGACAACAAGAGAUUUUAGUGCAGGAGGAACCCCCUGACUAUCAUCAGAGUCAACUGAAGUACUUCCAACAGAGAGACCUCCUCUCUCAGCAUAACAAUCAAGAAGUGUUUGAUCCUGUAAUUCAAGAUCAACUUUCUUCUCCUGCUUCUCAUCACUUCUGUCCUGACGGAUUUUAUCCUGAACAUGUUGUUCGGGAACAUCCUAAUCACCCAUUGCAACUCAGGUUUCCGUUUGCAGUUGUAUCUAACCAACCACCGGUUUUACCGAUAGAGAAUCCUAACACUUUGGCACGUGAUGCAAGUAGGCGUGGUGAAUACCAGCUGUCAUACCGAUACAGUAAAUUAUCUGGCCAACUGUCGUGGUGUGCCAUUGUUAUCGGAUUCUUCUUUUAUCUUGCUGUGGUGCUUGGUGUUCUUAAAAUGCCGAUUUAAUUCGUUUUCAUAAACCGGUCAAACAAAGUAUAAUGUACGGCCAGUCAAAAUGUAAUAGUGGUGCAGCAAAACGAUAGGGAAAAACGUACAAAAUAAAAGCACGCUUCAAGCAGAAACCACCCAAAUGCUCGGGUCAAACGUUGAAUUAGCUAUAGGAACUUUGCCGUACCAUUGUUUAACUCAUUUGCAUCGUACACUUUUUCCGUAGUUCUCUAGCGCUAAAUUACACCAGUACUUUCCAAUC